AUGCCAAAGUUAUCCGACUGCUUCCUUCUUAACUUCUCGGACAGCGGCGAGGAGAUGGCAGGCCUGAAGACACUGUCGUCCUCAAGCCUGUAUUACUGGGGGAUCCUCCUGAGGAUAUCGCAGGCUCGCGUCCCCGUUCGGCCCUCGACGCAAAUCUUGGUGGCGUUCCUGUGGAUCUGCUCCGUGAUCCUCACCGUCGGCUACUCCUCCAACCUGACCGCCUUCCUCACCGUCAGCAGAACGCCCUCGGGGAUUGAGACCUUCAGCCAGCUCUACGCCUCGAGCCAAGAAGUCAUUGGCAUGGGGACCUUCUUCAAGAUAUCCAUGAUUUCCUCACGAAACACAUAUCUCAAUGGACUGGCCGACCGCUACGCCCCCUACUCGGACUUUGGGCAAGCGCUCCUGCCGGUGAAGACAGGGAAAGGGGUCUUCAUCGAGAGCCGGAAGUACCUCGAAUACCUCAUCAACACGCAGUUCACGAAUCGCGGGUCUUCCAGCAUGAGGAUCAUAAAGGUCUCGAGAGGAGUCCUACGUGGAAUCGAAAACCAAGGAAUAGUGUCUGAAAAUGAUGAUCCAGAUGCUUUUCAUUGCGAACUCAAACUUACCUUCUUUUUCGUUUUGCGUGCCCGGCAGGAGUGUUUCGCGCCCUAUAGCGUGGCCGUCGCCCUGCAGCUGCACUCGCCGCUAAAGGGGCAGCUCAACCUGGUCCUCAGUCGGCUCGUGGAAAGCGGCCUCGUCAGGCAGUGGUUCCUGGAGACGCUCAGGCGGACGAAGUUGUUGCAGAGGCGUGCGACUCCGACGGAAGGCGCGGAGGAGGACGCGGUCGAGGAGCAGAGCGCCCUCGGGGUCAUCCCUCUCAGCCUCGAGCACGUGGAGGGAAUCUUCCUCAUCCUCCUGUUUGGACUAGUCUUCUCCUCCAUUACCUUCGCCUUCGAGAUACUGCUCAGGAAGAAAUAA